CUUCUGUUUGGAGGGAACAGCUAACUACACAGACAGCCCCUGUCCCACAGGCUACUACUGCCCCAGUGGCACCCAGAACUCCAAUGACAAUCCAUGUCCUGCUGGCACCUUUAACAAUGAAACUAUGAGGACCAAACUGGCCGACUGUCUCUCUUGUACAGGAGGAUCGUACUGUAACCAGGAUGGGCUAUCCUCUCCCUCAGGGGUCUGUAGUGCUGGGUACUACUGUAGUGGAGGCGCAGUCAAUGCCACGCCCAGCGGUGUGGGAGGAAACAAUUGUCAGGCAGGUUAUUUCUGUCCCGAGGGAUCAGUGAACCCCACACCCUGUAUCCCGGGGUAUUACUGUGUGUCUGACCACCUUAAUGACACCACAGGGCUGUGUAGUCCAGGAUACUACUGCACCAGUAAAGCUUCCGUGCCAAACCCCACUGAUGGAAAUGUCACAGGAGACAUAUGCCCCACUGGAGCCUACUGCCCCUCAGGCAGCCCCUCCCCCACCUACUGCCAGGCUGGGUAUUACCUCAAUAGUACGGGAAAUGAUGAUGUCUCUGAUUGUAAACAGUGUACACCGGGAUCCUACUGUGAUGGCAGUGGUAAUGUGGUGCCUGAUGGACUCUGCUCCCAGGGGUACUAUUGCCCCGGGGGUCAGGAUUCGGCAACACCCACAGGCUACAAUUGUACACAGGGUCACUUCUGUCCAGAGGGUAGUUCCUCCCCCCAGAGGUGUGCCUCAGGAUCAUACCAGGAUGAGUUGGGCCAGUGGACCUGUAAGGCUUGUCCAGCUGGCUACUUCUGUGACAGUGUAAUGUCCCCUGUGGUCCUGUACAAUAACUCUUACUGCCCUACUGGCUAUUACUGCCCAGAGAACACUACCAAUUCCAAUCAGUAUCCAUGUCCCGCUGGAACCUUCAAUAAUCAGACCCACCGCACCCAGCUGUCAGACUGCCAGUCUUGUUCUGGGGGUAUGUACUGUGACCAGGAUGGACUGUCCCAGCCUGUGGGUAACUGUCAGGCCGGGUACUACUGCACUAGCGGGGCCAACAGCUCCACCCCCACUCAGGACGCUAAUGCUAACAUCUGUCCUGAAGGAUUUUACUGUCCAGUAGGAACUGUGACUUCUCAGUCGUGUCCGCCUGGGACAUUCAAUCCAUCCACUGGAAGACAGGCAGUGGGAGAGUGCACCAACUGUACUGGGGGAUAUUACUGUCCUGAUUACAACAUGACCGCAGCAGGACCACAGUGCUCACAAGGUUACUACUGCCCUUCAGCAGCAGAUACUGCCACCUUCAUCAUCUGUCCUGCUGGUUCCUACUGUGCCCAGGGUGUGUCCACCCCCUCACCGUGUCCAGCUGGAACCUUCUCCAAUGUGACCGGACUGUCAGCGGUCACCCAGUGUACCAACUGCUCAGGAGGCUACUACUGCCCCAAUACAGGAAUGACAGAUACAGGUUACCAAUGCUGGGGAGGGUACUACUGCCCCACAGGUAUUGAUGUACCAAACCCCACCUCCUACCUCUGUCCCAGGGGAAUGCACUGUCCUAAUGGAAGUGAAAUCUACAAGGAGUGUACCCCUGGUACCUACACCAAUCAGACAGGUGCCUCCUCCUGUGACACCUGUCCGAACGGUUUCUACUGUUUACCUGUACAGCCAGACAAUGCUACAUUGAAUGCCCAGUCUUGUCCAGAGGGCUACUUCUGUCCUGCAGGCACAGGAAUAAACUGGCUGUCUUGUCCCAGUGGUUCCUACAGUAACCAGCAGGGUCUGUAUGCCUCCUCUCAGUGUGUGGCCUGUGACGGGGGACGAUACUGUCAAGGAGAACAUCUCACUGCACCAACAGCAAACUGCUCAGCUGGUUACUACUGCACAUCAGGAGUAGACCGCCCUAAACCUGGAGCUAGCAAUGACACAGCUACUGCCAACUGUACCUGCCCAGACCAGGCCUUCUACACAGGAGUGGGUGGGGUCUGUCCGGUGGGUCACUACUGCCCUGAGGGUUCCCCUGCCCCUGUCCCAUGUGUUGCUGGGACAUACGCUGACAGUGAGGGUCAAUCUGUCUGCUGGACCUGUCCAGAGGGUUACUUCUGUCUGGCCAACUCUACAGACUUCUUAUCUUCACCCUGCCCUGUCGGGUACUACUGUCCAGAGGGAUCAUACCAGCCCACACAGUGUGACCCAGGAAGUUACUGUCAGACCAUAGGACUUAGCACACCCACUGGAAACUGUACUGCUGGAUAUUACUGCAUACUGCAGGCUGACAACCCCACCCCAACAGACAACAUAACAGGUAACAUCUGUCCCGUGGGUCACUACUGCCCCUCAGGGUCCUCUCUCUACCAGCCCUGCCCCAUGGGAUACUACUUAGAUGUGACAGGACAGGACGAGUUUACGGACUGUAAGAACUGCACUGGAGGAAUGUACUGUCCAGGAAGUGGAGAGGAACUGCCAGCUGGAAACUGUUCCUCAGGAUAUUACUGUCCUCAGGGUCAAAGUUCAGCCACACCUCCAGCAUACAAUUGUCCUGUUGGUCACUACUGCCCAGGAGGUAUGGACUCUCCGGUCCGCUGUGAGAAUGGAACCUACCAAGACCAGGUCACUCAGAGUACCUGUAAGGUGUGUCCAGCCGGGUACUUCUGUGACAACACUGUGUCCAUUGUGGUACUAGACAACUCUACAACAAUCUGUCCCAUGGGACAUUACUGUCCAGCAGGAACAAGAUACAACAAUGAAUUCCCCUGCCCUAUUGGAACUUUCAACAACCUUACAGGAAUCACUGAUGUGAGUCUGUGCUCUCCAUGCUCCGGGGGUUACUACUGCCCCACACCAGGAAUAGUAACUCCUGUCAGCCAGUGUGACUCAGGCUUCUUCUGUAAACAAAAUGCCAACAUCUCCACACCAAUACAAGGGGUAGAUGCCAACAUUUGUCCAGAGGGCUACUACUGUCCAGUGGGGACCACUAAUCCUGUCCCUUGUCCCAAAGGAAGUUACAGUAACUCCACAGGCCUACAGGGAGAAGUGGACUGUAUUCUGUGUCCAGCUGGAAGUUACUGUGAACAGACAGCCAUGACAACUACCAGUGGACUCUGUGAUGCAGGAUAUUACUGUGUGCUUCAGUCCAACAGUUCCCAACAAGAUAUCUGUACAGCAGGCAGUUACUGUCCCCAUGGGUCAGGCAAUCCCACUCCCUGCCCCCAGGGAACUUACUCCAACACCCAGGGAUUGGCCAAUGUAACGCAGUGUACCUCAUGUGAUCCUGGAAAAUACUGCAAUGAUACAGGCUUGACCACCUAUGUGGCUGAUUGUGAUCCUGGAUUUUACUGCCCUGGAGGAGACAGUGUACCUAACCCAGUGGCCACACCCUGUCCCAUUGGUCUCCACUGCCCCGCUGGGUCCGGGUCACCUGUCCCAUGUGUACCUGGAACUUUCACCAAUCUGACUCAACAAGACACCUGUCUCACCUGUCCAGCUGGCUUCUACUGUGUUCCAGAGGAGGUCAUUGCAGGCAACUCCAGUUCAGGAUACAGCCUCUGUUCCAAGGGAUUCUACUGUCCAGCUGGCACAGGAAGGAAUGAAUCAGCCUGUCCAGCAGGAACCUUUAGUGAUGUGCUGGGACUGACCGAUUCCAGCUCCUGCCAGCAGUGUACUGGUGGUAAAUUCUGUGACGUGACAAACCUGACUGCCCCAGCAGGGGACUGUAGUCCUGGAUAUUACUGCACAGAGGGAGUGGAUACACCUACUCCAACCGGCAACCACACAGGUGUAGGGGGCAUAUGUCCUCAGGGAUACAAGUGUCCAGGAGCUACUGUGGUGCCAGAGGGCUGUCCUGCUGGAACCUAUCAGGACCAGACAAACCAGGCGACAUGUACAGCUUGCCCCGCUGGCUACUACUGUACUGCCAACAGCACCACCUACACAGACAAGCCCUGCCCCUCAGGCCAUUACUGCCCCACCUCUACCCAGUAUGACACUCAGUACCCCUGUCUCAAGGGCACCUUUAACAACCACACAGGUCAGGCUAAUGACUCUGCCUGCUCCCCCUGCACCCCUGGGUACUACUGUGGGUUCCCAGGUCUCAGUACCCCCACAGAUCAGUGUGACCCUGGAUGGUUCUGUACCCUACAGUCCUACCUGGCUCAGCCCUCAGCACCAGAGGGAGGAAUGUGUGUCGCGGGCCAGUACUGCCCCCGAGGAAGCUCAGCUCCCACUGGAUGUGAUCCUGGUCAGUAUUGUGACAGCAAUAUGAUGUCAGCACCACGUGGUAACUGUUCCAGUGGCUACUACUGCACCACCAACUCUACCACAGCCACACCCACAGGAACAGGGGGUGACAGAUGCCCCCCUGGCCACUACUGUGUGGAGGGAAGCUUUGUCGCUGAGCCCUGCCCCCCAGGAUUCUUCCAGCCCAGCUACAGUGCCCAGAACCUGUCUUACUGUAUAUCCUGUACCUCAGGCUCCUACUGUAAUGGCAGUGGACUCAGUGCUGUGGACGGACAGUGUGAUGCAGGUUAUUACUGCCCUACUGGCCAGACUGUUUGUAACCCCAGUGCCUAUGAGUGCCCGGCUGGGUACAUGUGUCCUGUGGGAUCUAGUCUCUAUCAGCUGUGUAGUGCUGGCUUCUACCAGGACGAGAUCAGACAGGCUACCUGUAAGGAGUGUCCCGCUGGUUUCUACUGUGACAGCUCUGUAGGACCCAUCACUAACUACACUACCUAUGUCUGUCCUGAAGGUCAUUACUGUCAGAAUGGCACCAAGGUAUCUACAGAAUUCCCCUGCCCCAGUGGCACCUAUAACAAUGACACUGGACUGAGAGCUGACUCAGAGUGCUUCCCCUGCCUCGGGGGAUACUACUGCCCCGCAGCCACUGUUAAUCCCUACCUACCCUGUGGUGCUGGGUACUACUGCAGAACCGGAGCAAAAACAGCAGCCCCAAUGCAGAAUGCUGAUGCCUAUGAAUGCCCUGUGGGACAUUAUUGUCCAGAACAGUCAACAGAGCCCACAAAGUGUCCAGCAGGAACUUACUCCAACACGACUAGAUUGAUGAACAUGACAGACUGCACUCCCUGUACCAAAGGCUGGUACUGUGACAGCCUAGGACUAACUGCUCCUGUAGGACUGUGUUCUGCAGGCUUCUACUGUAUAGCAGGAUCAGAUAACAUGGCUCCUACCAUCUGUCCCGCGGGCAAAUACUGUCCUGAAGGCACACAUACCCCAAUCAAGUGUCCAUCUGGUACUUUCUCCAACACAACUCGCCUUAAUUCCUCAUCAGAGUGUACCAACUGUACAGCUGGAUACUACUGCCAACAGGCGGGACUGACCACAGAGGAGGGUAACUGUACCCAGGGUUACUACUGCCCCACCGGCUCUACCAGUAGUAUGGCUGUCAUUUGUCCCAUCGGGCUGGUGUGUCCAGAGGGUAGUGACCAGCCCAAGUCCUGUGCUCCAGGGUAUUUUACCAACCAGACAGGACAAUGGCAAUGCAACAUCUGCCCCAAUGGAUUUUACUGUCUGCCAGAGAAUGUGACAGCUGGAAUUCCAACCUCUGGUCACUUUGACUGUCCAGCUGGCUACUACUGUCCCAGUGGAACUGGAAUGGACUGGAAACAUUGUCCCAAAGGAACCUACAGUCAACAAACCAACUUGUUCCAGGUGACCCAGUGUAAGGACUGUGAUGGAGGCUACUACUGCUCAGUAGAGGGAGCCACUAACAUGACCGGACCAUGUGACCCAGGCUACUACUGUCAGUCAGGAGUGGACCAACCCAACCCUGACAACGCGGCCAACACCACAGCAAACAACACCUGUAACCUGCUUGGAGGUCAUACAGGCUAUGGAGACAUCUGUCCCAUGGGAUACCAUUGCCCUCUGGGAAGUGAGCUGCCAGUGGAGUGUCCAGCAGGAAAAUAUCAGAAUGAAAUUGGACAGAGUGUGUGUAAAACGUGUCCUGCAGGUUACUACUGCCUGGUGAACUCUACAGACUACAGUGACAAGCCCUGUCCCUCAGGCUACUACUGCCCUGCUGGUACACAGUCAGACACAGAAAAUCCCUGCCCCGCUGGAACGUUUAAUCCCGCCACGAUGCAGACCAACUCCAGCGCAUGUCUAAGCUGUACCCCGGGUACCUACUGUCAAACCACAGGGUUGUCUGCCCCUACAAACAACUGCAGCGCUGGCUACUACUGCUCUGGUGGUUCUGUGGCGACCAUGCCCACUGAUCCCACCCAGGGAGGAAAGUGUGUUAGGGGUCAGUAUUGCCCAGAAGGAAGUCCAGCGGCCAUAGAAUGUCCAGGUGGGAAAUACUGCUUCAGUGAGAGGCUAAGUGAACCAACUGGAAACUGUUCACAAGGGUACUACUGUAAUGGAAGUACCAUCCUGUCCUCUCCCCCUGAUGGCUCUACUGGUGGUGGUUGUCCCCAGGGUCACUACUGUCCCACAGGUAGCAGCAUCCCCACUCCCUGUCCCAUAGGUUACUAUCUGGAUGUGAUCCUCAGUAGUGUGGCCUCAGCCUGCAAGAUCUGUAAACUCGGAAAGUACUGUGGCAGUGAAGGACUGCCUGACGUGUCUGGUCCAUGUGACCCCGGCUACUACUGCCCCGCAGGUCAGGUCUCGGCCACUCCAGCUAAUUACAGCUGUCAGCCAGGGUACUUCUGUGUGGGAGGAAAGUCAGCACCCGAGGCCUGCCCCUCAGGGACAUACCAGGAUGAUCCAGUGAUGUCCUCAUGUAAGAGCUGCCCUGAGGGUUAUUACUGUAAUGCCACUUUCGGUCCAGUGGUCAACUACGCCAACACUGUGUGUCCUGAAGGAUUCUACUGUCCUAAUGGAACGGAGCACGCAGAACAAUAUCCAUGUCCCAAGGGAACAUUCAACAACAGAACAGGUCUGUCGAACUCCUCUGAGUGCUCAGCAUGUGUGGGAGGCUGGGCCUGUGAUGUGACAGGUCUGACCACGCCCCUCAGAUUGUGUAAUGGAGGCUACUACUGCAAGACUGGGGCAGAUUCUACAACACCUGCACAGGCCCCAUAUGCUGACCAGUGUCCAGCUGCUUUCUACUGUCCGGAGGGAACAAUUGACCCCAUCCCUUGCCCCGAGGGAAGUUACAGCCCUGCCCCAGGACUGCAGGAGGAAAGCCAGUGUCUUAACUGUACUGGAGGGUACUUCUGUAAUGAAACUGGUUUACUGACUGUUGUUGGUAAAUGUCAGCCUGGAUAUUACUGCCCACCUGGGUCCAAGAUCGCUACCGAGAUCAUCUGUACUGAGGGUUACUACUGCGGAGAGGGGACACAGAACCCCACCCCCUGUCCUAACGGUACCUACUCUAACAUAACUGGACUGAUGACCGCCGCGGACUGUUGGAACUGUACACCAGGAUACUACUGUAAUGGACAAGGGCUCACUGCAGUCUCAGGACCCUGUAAAGAAGGUUACUAUUGUCCCUCUGGAUCUAGUUUGGAAACAGAGAUCAUUUGUCCAGCAGCCAAACACUGUCCAACAGGGAGCGAUGUACCCCAGGACUGUCCAGCAGGGACUCAUGCUGACCACGAUGGAGCCGCAUCCUGCACUGUCUGCCCAGAAGGAUAUUACUGUGUACCAGCUCUGACCGUGGCAGGAAAUGCAGCUUCCUCCAAGACAGAAUGUCCUGAGGGCUAUUACUGUCCUAAUGGUACUGGCUAUGACUGGAAGUCCUGCCCCGCAGGAACCUACAGUAAUGUGACCGGUCUUAGCAAGGAUUCAGAAUGUACACCAUGCCCUGGAGGAUACUAUUGUCAAGGUGUGAAUUUGACUACCCCCACUGGUAUGUGUAUGGAUGGCUAUUAUUGUGUAUCAGGAGUGGACAAAGCCAACCCUCUGAUGCUGAAUGACAGUCAGUGUCCUACAGGAACUGUCCACCCAAUCAUUGGUCACCAGUGUCCCACUGGUCACUACUGUCCAGAAGGUACAGAGUAUCCCAUUGGCUGCCCAGCUGGAUCCUACCAAGAUCUAAGCAAUGAGAAGGCCUGUAAGAUGUGUCCAGUUGGUUAUUACUGCUAUGCCAACACAUCAGACUACUCACCAUUCUUGUGUCCAGGAGGGUACUACUGUCCACUUAAUACAACAGAUCCACAUGAACAUCCAUGUCCAGCGGGAACCUUCAACAAUCUGACCACCCAGCACAGUGAUGUUGCUUGUCAGCCCUGUACCCAGGGAAUGUACUGCCAGGGGCCAGGGAAUGCCUACCCCACUGGAAAUUGUUCAGUCGGCUGGUACUGUACCAAUGGGUCCUCUAUCAGCACGCCAACAACCACUGGAGGCCAAUGUCAACCAGGUUAUUUCUGUCCAGAAGGAUCAUGGGAGAUGACCAAGUGUACCCCUGGUAAAUACUGCCAGACAGCAGGACUGGGUAUUCCUACAGGAGACUGUGCAGCCGGCUAUUACUGUCCCGAGGGGUCAACCUCUAUACAACAAGUGGACUGUCCAGUAGGUCACUACUGUACCAUGGGCAGUGGACUUCCAGAGCCUUGCCGAAAUGGAACGUAUGGUCCUAUUAUUCGCCUCCAGUCAGAUGCCCAGUGUACGCCGUGUGAUGGUGGUAUGUACUGUAAUGGUACAGGCCUCAGUGCUGUGAGUGGACCCUGUGACCCAGGAUUUUACUGUCCCUCCGGUCAGUCUGUGCCUAACCCUUACGACUAUCGCUGCCCCCCGGGACACUACUGCCUGACCAACACAAGUACCCCCAUCAGGUGUGCCAGUGGAUAUUUCCAGAAUGAAUAUGAAAAAGACUCAUGCAAAAUCUGUCCAGAAGGUUAUUACUGUGACAACAGUGUGACUGCCGUGGGAGACCUGACUAACUACACCUGUCCUGAGGGUUACUACUGCCCCACCCAGACCGAGCGUUACAAUCAGUACCCGUGUCCCCCAGGAACCUACAACAAUAGAACAAUGAGGGUCAAUGAGACAGAGUGUCAGUGGUGUCCUCCCGGAUAUUACUGUCAGAGCUCAGGGUUACCUGCUCCUGAGGGACCUUGUUAUGCAGGGUACUACUGUCUUGGUAACAACACAGAGCCAAAUCCAUCAGCCUACAUCUGUCCUAUUGGUAACUACUGCCCCGAGGGAAGCUACCUCCCCACCCCCUGCCCCUCCGGCACAAUGGCGGUCAAUACAGGAAACGUCAAUGUCACAAACUGUGAGAUCUGUAGCCCUGGGAGAUACUGUACCACCAACAGCUCAAAGAAUGGAGUGAGCUUGCCCUGCAGUGCUGGGUAUAUCUGUCUACAGGGUUCAGACAUUUCUAACCCCGCUGAUAAUGUCAAAGGUUACAUCUGUCCUGUAGGUCACUACUGCUUAGAGGGGGCUGUCAAGGAAACUAAGUGUGACAUUGGAACUUACGGACCAACGGAGGGACUGGGUGCUUGUUUAACCUGUCCUGCUGGUAGAACCUGUCCAAACCAAGGAAUGAAUGACACACUUCCCUGUCCUGCUGGGUACUACUGCACCAAUGGAACUUCAGGCAAUGGGGCACCUUGUCCUUUAGGUACCUACAACCCUCAUGAGCAGCUGGUGUAUGAGACGGAUUGUCUGCCCUGUAGCCCGGGUCAGUUCUGUAAUGAGACUGGACUGUCUGCCACAUCUGGACCCUGCAGUGCUGGCUUCCUAUGUGUGGGUAACGCGACCACAGCCACCCCUAACGACGGAACCAACGGACCGUGUCCCGUGGGUCAUUACUGUCUCUCUGGCACCACAACUGCUGAGCCUUGUCCAAGGGGAACCUACAGGAACCAGACAGGGGCUGGUAAUGAAACCGACUGCUGGCCAUGUCAGGGAGGUCACUACUGCGGCUCCACCGGAAUGACAGGGCCAACUGACCUCUGUUCAGCUCGCUACUACUGUCCAGACUCGGCUAAGAUUGAUUCAAACACUCCAACCACUCAUGUCUGUCCAGCGGGAUUCUACUGCCCCAGAGGAACAGCUGAUCCUAUUGGAUGUGACCCAGGAACCUACCAGUCAAUGACAGGAGAAGAAGCCUGUUUACCAUGUCCCACUGGAUUCCAGUGUACGGGUAACACCAGUGCCCCUAUCCCGUGCCCAGCCUACUCCUACUGUCCUGGUAAUACAUCUGAUCCAUUCCUCUGUGAGAAUGGGACAUACACCACUGACACCACGACUGGACUCGAGUUUGCCUCAGACUGCUCAGCAUGCCCAUCAGGUGUAUACUGUCGGGGAGGUAAGAUCGCUGGUAACUGUUCCGCUGGGUACCUGUGUGUGGGAGGACAGGACCGUCCCGACCCCCCAGAUGCUCUUUGUCCAUACGGAUACUACUGUCCAGAGGGUACCACCAGCCCACAAUCCUGUCCCCCACAGAGUUUCAUUGAUAAGACGGGAGCGAUGAGUGCUGGAGAAUGUGGCAGCUGUCCGGGUGGCCGUCUGUGUCCCGGGGGUCCCACCUCCAUCCCAUGUUACGCAGGAUCCUAUUGUCUGGAGGGUGACGCAGGAAAUCCCUACCCCUGUCCAGUUCUGACGUACAAUGACAUGGAGGGGGCCAAUUCCAGUGCCUCCUGUCUGCCCUGCCCUGGAGGCUACAUGUGUCCCGUUGCCAAUCUCACAACUUACACUCUGUAUCCCUGUCCUGUUGGAAUGUAUUGUCCGAACGCCACGAGCAUUGCUUAUGAAUGUCCAGUGGGAACAUACAGAGAUACCCAGAGUGCUGCCAGUAUUGAUGACUGCCAUCUCUGUCCAGCUGGAUUCAAGUGUCCAGAUGCCAAUAUGACUUACUCUGGAAUUCAGUGUCAGACUGGAAACUACUGCCCUGAGGGGUCACACAAUGAGACCAUUUGUCAGGCCGGAUACUACUGUAACAGAUCCAUGUCCCAGGUGCCUUGUCCCUAUGGUUACUACUGUCCUGAGGGGUCAGCCACACCCAUCCGGUGUCCCCAGGGUCACUACUGUGGUAAACUAGAUGACUGCAACAUGACAGAUGCAGGUGCCAUAGAGCCAGUAAAGUGUCCCCUCGGAUACAAGGAGUAUGAUGGAUCCCCCAGAGCCACCUUUAACGACACCUGUGAGCCGUGUCCACCUGGAACAUUCGGAGCUGAUCCUAACAGAGCUGUGUGUGAGACGUGUAGAGCUGGAACUGUUUGUAUGGCCCUGGCUACAUCUGACCAACCUGUGGCUAAUGACUCCUCCUUAGCCUGGGCUUUUGGCUUCAAUUCGACCAACUCCUAUAUCUGUCCUCAAGGUUACUACUGCCCAGCUGGAAGUUCAGAGCCGACACCUUGUCCUCAGGGUCGUUAUAACCCUAACCUGGCUGGAGGCAGUAUUGCUGAUUGUCCUCAGUGUCCAAUUGACCACUUUAACCACCUGACUGGUCAAAAGGGCUGCUUCUCCUGUGGAGGAGAGGCCUAUCAGGACUCGGUGGGGCAGCCUACCUGUAAAUGUAUGGGGGCGGGCAGAGAUUUCCAGGAAAGUGAUCGUCAAUGUCCAUGUGCAGCUGGCUUCCUUGAGUUGGCAGACAAUACAGACUGUGUUAAGAAGGUGUACGACCUUUGUAAGGAGGGCACCACACGCGCUCAGAAUGGCCAAUGUCUGACUGAUGCUGAAUGGGAGAAUUACUGCAAGAACCAGGUGUGUAAAGAAUAUGUGAGCUUUGACCGACUGAUGGGAAUGUGUCUAUGUAAGACUGAUGACCUUGAAGAACUCUGUAACCUUGAAUGUAGAAUAGCCCAGAGAUACCAAGUGUCAUUCAAGUGUGCUGAACCCCCACUGGAGCCUCACAUUAUCCUCAGAGACAAGAACAACACUAUUAUGAAAGAAUAUGCUGUGAGUGGACUCCUUAAAAUGAUAAACGCCCGCAAUGCCUUAACAGCAGAGCAGUGUAGCAGCAGAGAUAAUUCAGACUACCCAAUACACAUCAUAGAAAUGACCGACAGUGGAUUCCUUGGAGUGUACAACCCAGAUCCUACCCAACUACUGGGAAUGUUAGAUUCUCACAUCAAGGGAACCAUCACUGGCAACAUUACGGCCGACAGCAACAUUAACGCCAUCUACACCGGUCGCCGACGUCUGCUGGCGACGUCCACCAAUAACGGCUCGCUGUUCUCUGGAAUCGAGAAUCCAGUGGUCUGUCUGACUUACGGAGAGUACAUGUUAUUCUCUGUCAGCAACACACUGUACCCUGUCUAUGAUGUGAACAACCUGUUUAACACGAAUGACCAGUUUGAUUAUGGAGGAUUUAGGACUUUGGUGGAAGCUAUGACUCAGACCACUUCUACAGCUUCUCUGUUCUCUUACCAGUUCAAGGACCCUGGAAUAUAUGUCUUCUCUCUAAGCACGGAUGCCAACAAGAAAAUGUAUAUACGAGUGAUGGCCCAGGGAGCCCAGUGUGCUGAGAAUGGUCCAUUUUUCCCUCCCACCUCUGGUUACAUCAUACAGAACGGAAUCACAGUCGCCUCAGACAUUUUGAAAACCCCAGACUGGGAGAUCAUCUUUAUUCUGCUGGGUACAGCCUUUAUAGCCAUGGUCUUCAUGUUACUGGCUCUGGUUUUAUUCAGGAAGUAUGGCUGGUCUAAGAACUCCUACCUGACUCCGUUCUACCGAGCCCUGACCAGGUUCUAUAACUUUGAUGACUACUCCAGUAAAGGCUCUGCUGUACGACCCGCCAAGAAAUAUCACAGAAACAUGCACGCUAUCACCGCCGGCGGACGAAGUGACAGUGACUCCGAUCUCGGAGGAAUACUCGAUGCUAAUACCAUAGAGACAAGGAAUGAUGAAUUCUGGGAUUACGACAAGCAGAUUGACCUGGAGGCAUUUAAUUGUCGUACCCUGUAUGACACACUGUCCAAACAAUCUCGUACUGUUACCAAUACCAUUGGCAAACACAAAGAUGAGACAAAACAAAUGUACAACAGAAUAGCCAAUCAGACAGAGUCUCUAAAAGGGUUAUGGGCCGCAAAAAUGAACUUGAAAGGAAAAGCCUCAAUGGCUACUGAUGAGGACCUCGUCUGCUAUGAAAACAAACUGGAGGCUUUAGAAAUUGAGCUGGAAAGAAGGAGAGACAUUGGUCGUAGGUUUGAAGCCAUUCUGAACAAAGAAAGAGAACUCAUGAUGGAAGAUGAAUAUGGAAGAGAGAAACACCAGGUUGCCUAUCAAUCCUGUCUGAGAGAAGCUUCCAGAAAUUUAACUGAGCAUGUAGAAAAUCUACAGCAUGGUAAACUGACCAGGAAUGGAGAGUUUGAUAUGGCUGCUCAUCGUUCAGUGGGCUCAAGAGUCUCGUUGUUACUGCAUAAGAUGUCAAGUGAAAUCACAGCAGAGUGUCAGAGGAUUGGGGCCUGGGGUGUCCUUGGACAAGGCACAGGAGGUCAGCUGGUCAAGUCAGGAAAGAACAUGCCAAUGAAGCGUGAAGAGUUGAUUGGUCCAGACUUGAGCGUCAGAGCUUCAGACCUGAUCAGUCAGGAUGCCACCUCGGGACUCAUUCGACCCAAACCUGGUACAAAAAUGAUUCUGGCUAAUGGCACGCUGACUGAUGUUCCCGCUGACCAUUUCGUUCAUCCCCAGACUGGACAUGUACUGCCCAUCCAAGGCAAUGUGGCCUUUGACCCUGUUACUUCCCGACUAGUCUUUGUCUCGGAUUCAGCUACAGGAGAAGCUGCAAGGGCAGAUGAACCAUUUAUUCCAUUCAUUCCCUAUCCUGUCCACCCACAAAACAACCAGCCAAUCAAAACCAAGCUUCGCCCAAUGGAACACAAGAGUGACUUGCGAUACGGUGCCCCGAUGAAUGACCCAGUGACUGGACUUCAUGUACCCAUCAUGGGUGUCACCAUGCACCCACAGACAGGGGCACUCCUCCCAAUAGGUGGUACCCACAUUGACCCCGUCACAGGAAUGCAUACUCCCAUAGAAGUAGGUUCUCUGAUGGUGGAUCCAAACAGUGAACAACCUGUACCAAUCCUGGCUGUAACGCUUGACCCAGAAACAGGUGACAUUGUCCCUGUGGGAGGAACAAAACCUGGUAGUCGACACAACCUUCCCAUCAUUCCUGGGGACACGUUUGUGGAACCUCUGAGUGGUAAACUGGUGAGAGUUCAGAGUGGAUAUUUACUGGAUGCCAACGUGCUGCCCUCUGGUGGAGGUUUCCAGGCUCUGCUGGACUCAAGUGUGCUGGCUUGUGAGGCUCGAGUCAUAGAUACUCUGAGAGAACUCAAGGAUGCUCUUGUUGAUUCAACAGGAACAAAUGUUAAUGUACGACAUGAGCUCAGCAACCUGGAAGCAGCCACAAAGGAACUAGAGAAAGCUCGGUCCAGGAUGAAGGCCUAUUUACUUAGAACUCAGCAUGAUGUGGAGCGCCGACUAGAUCGCUCCUCAAUACUCGCAGCCACAGGGGGAUGUCCAGGAAUGUAUGAGUUCUCUAAGACUGGUCAGUUACUGCCCAUCUUGGUUGGUACCUCUAUGCUGGACCCCUCAGGAACAGAUCAACAAGUGCCAAUUCUAGGAGCAGACGAAGACAAGAAAACUGGUAACAUUAGACCAUUGGGAGGUACCAUGGAGGACCCAGAGGGGGCAGGUCUGGUGCCUAUCAGUAUUGGAAGAAGGGCUUUGGAUCCUGUAACAGGAGAAAUCAGUCCAGUGAUAGGCAUCCGCACUAACCCAGAGACAGAUCUAGCGGUGCCAGUGACCAUGUCCUCAGGUGGUCCCAGGAAGAAGAAGCCACCACCAGGGGCCCUCGCCAUGCUGGAGGAAGAGCUGGUCGCCAGGCGAGGGUUCUGGAGAAGACAGAGACAGAAGGAGAGAGAACUAGCCCUCAAAGAGCACCAGUUCACUCAGCAGCUCCUUUUCGACAUGGAUUCUGUGACUUCAAGAGACUUACAGAGAUUCUUGGAGGAGAUUGAUGCAGAUGUUCACCAACUUUCGGAGGCUGAGAAACGAGAGGUUCAGAGAAGAGGUGGUGCAGAGCAGGAGUACGCCACAGUGAUACCUCCAGAGGUCAUUGCGGUGCUGACCCAAAGUGAUGCCAGAGAACACGAGGGAGAGGAAGGGCAUGUGGCUUCCAAUGUCAAAUUGGCCGACACGCUUCGACGAUUCUUCAGUAAACUCCAGCAUGAAGAGAAACAGUACAAAGACAAGAUUGGUGACCUGGAGGGGGCCAUGAACCCUGACGCUGAGAACACUACUCUACAGAGGUACAAGCAGGCCAAGAUGAGACUACAGGCUGAGUUACGAGACUCUCUGAUGACUAGGAUAGAGAAUGUGGAUGAAGCUCAUUCUACACUGGAAUAUGCCAGAGAAAGAUCAGAGUUGUGUGCCACAGAAGCUAAGACUGUCUUGACAAGAGCCGGCCUCCUGGCAGGAGACUAUGACUGUCAGCUGUCAGGAGUUUAUGGUGAUGUUGAUUCCUCUGGGGAAAAAGAAUCUGAGCUGAUCCCUCUAUUGAAGCAGCUGAUAGCCAUGUUAGAGUCUGGUGGUCCAUUUACAUUGUCUUCAGAACUUCUAAACUUGAUCAAUCAAGGCACUGCAGGCGGUGCCGGUCAGCAUGUGACCAAUAUCAACAUUGGAGGCAGUGGUGGCGCUGGGGACAUCCAGCGCAGAGGAAGUACAGAUAGCCAAAGGAGACGCAGGGAUCAGAAGGAAAGAAGCAAACUCAACAAGUCUGGAGUCAAAUCAACAUCCAAAACAACUGGUACCAAGGAUGAAACAUCCAUAUUUGAUGGUACCCAGGGUAAAGGAAACAAAGGACAAGGUGGUGCAGGAUCACAAGAACUUUCUAGAGCUCUGUUUGAGAAGCAAGCUUAUGAGGCAGCCAAGCUGGAAAACGAUCUGAAGAAGGAAGAGAUUGAGGACAUGAACAAGAAUGUGGAUGACUGCGAGCUAGAGAAGAAGAAGGCAAUGGCAGACGCUCAGCACGAGUUGGAGAAGAAGUUAGCCAAGGCCAAGCAGGAGCAGGAGAAAGAGAUGAUCAUGAUGGAGUAUGCCAGCAACAUGCAGAAACUCAAUGAAGCCUUUGAGAAGAGGAAGAGGAAACAGUUGGACAAACUCAGAAAGAGGCUCUUGGAUGCCAGGAGACACAAAAAGAAAGAACUUGCCAAGAAACAUCUAUCAGAGGCCAAAGACAAUGGUAUCCCUGAGGAUUCAGUUCCCAACAUAGAAAUGCCAUCUUAUGAAGAGCUGAUGAACCAGUUACUGAAACUUCAGCAACAACAAGAAAAGAUGAUGGCAGACAUCAGGAAGAACAGUGGUGAUGCUAAAGAUCAAGUCAGAAGCCCUGAAAUCGAUGAAGAGUUUGAACGGCAGAUUCGAGCCUUGGAUAUCAGCAAGAGUCAGAAGGAGGCUCUGAUAAAUGAAGCCAAGAGCAGACGUAAGGAGCUCCAGCAGCAGAUAGAGGCAAUGAAGGAGAAGCUGAGGAAGAGGAAGGACAGGAAGGGAGGAGCAGAACUGACAGAGGAAGAGUUGCAGAGUCUGGAUGAGGAGGAGAGGAAGAACCUCCUCAAGGUGAGGGAGAUCCAAGGAGCUGCUGACAGAGACAUGGAGGAAGAGGCCAUUCUCAGUACCAUCAAAAUCAUGGAGAGGGAUCAGCAGAGGCAAGCUGGAGAGGAGGCUUUGAGAGAAAUGCUUCAGAACCAGACAGAGUCAGAGAGAGACCGCAUUCUACAGCAGUACCAAGACCAGCUCAGACAAUUAAACAACAGAAUGGACGACAGCAGGAAUGAACAGGCAGACAAGAUCAAAGCCAAACUGGCGGCUAGGAAACGAAUGAAGGAGGAGCUGGACAAAGAGAGGGCGGUCAACAAGGAACUGGACAGGAUCACCAAGAAACAUGCUGCCCAGAGUGAUUCAGAGGCUGCAGACCUGAUCAUGCAGAUAAAUGAGAAAGUGAAUGGAGACAAGCUGAUGUCAGAGCAACAGAAGCUGGUGGACCAACAGACAGGAGAACUGGAGCGUCUGGAGGAGAAACAGAACGAGGAGCUGAGGAGACUGAACCAGGAGGCUGAGGAAGAGAGGAGCAAGGAGGAGCAGGAGAUCCUCCACAACAACCAGCAGCAGAAACAACUGGCUCUGCAAGCUCAUCAGUCUAAAUUUGAAAGAGACAUGCUGCUACAUCAUCAGAACCUGACACCAGCAGAUGCUGAAUACCAGAAACUACUAGCAGCUCACAAGUCUGAAAUGGAGGCUUUAGAGAAGAACCUCAAUUCUGAGAAAGAUCGUCAGAGAGAGGCUCUCAGAAAGAAGAUUGAAGAGAAGAAGAAGAGGAGAGAAGAGCAGCUAGAAGAUAAACACAGGAUGGAGAUGGCACAGAAACUGUCCAGUCAACAACAACAGAGGGACAAACAGAAUGAGGAAAUCGCCAAGAAUGUGGAGAAUUCAGCCCUUAAAAACAAUGUCAAGAAUAAGGAUAAAGACAAGGCAGAGAACAUGAUCUACACUGUGCUGAGACAGCGACAUCUGAAGGAGGCCAUCCAUCUGGAGGACCAGCUUGCUCGUGAGCUGGAGGCAGCUCGUAGAAGAGCUCGAGCUGAGAUUGAGGAGAGCAGGCAGAAGGAAAGAGAAAGACUACUGGCUGCAUUUGAACAGGAAAUGCGAGAUCUGAUAGCAGAUUCUGGUAACAUGGACCCAGCAGAGUUAGCUCGUCGUAAGGAACAACUUAAACAGAGGCAGCAGCAAGAGCUGAGUGAGUUUGACAGCCACACUGCCCAGUUGUUAGAAAGAGCUGAACAAGAUGUUAGUCCUCAACAGGAAAUCAAGCAGACCCAUGACCGCUUAAACCUCAAAGAGAAACAGCUCCAUGAACUUGCUGAUGCCAUGAAGACAUUCUCUCCUGCAGAGGAGCUUCACAAACAGUAUGCUGAGCAGGCUAAAAUGGCAGCUGAUGAGGCAAAGAAGUAUAAGGAGGACAUGUACAGGAAAUUACAGGAGGAACUGGAGAGGAGGAAAGAGGAACAGAGAUUGGCGGAGGAAGAGAGGAAGAGGAAAAUGCUAGAGAAAUACAAGCAACUGGAGGAAGAAUUAGAGGAGCAAGCAAGACUGGAGGAACAGAAACAAAAAGAUCGCGAGGCAGAGCGCGAAAAACUCCGACAGCAGCAAAUGGAGGAACGAGAACGUCGUGAGAGAGAGGAGAUCGAGAAAUCUAACACCAGUCAGGAUGAGAAGGAGAAACUCCUCAGGGAGCACAAAGAGAACAUGGAGAGAAUACGGGAAGCCAUGAACCAGGAGCAGAGCCGCAGCAGACAGGCCCUUCAGGCCAAACUGGACGCCCGCAAGAAACGCAGACUGGACACAGGUAAAGCCAAGGUGGACAAGGACAUGAUCUUGGAGAAGGACAGUGAGGAGAUGAGCAGACUAACGAGGGCAGACAACGAGGACGACUUCCUGCAGGCAGGGGCUCCCUCAUCAGUGUCCGGUGGUAUUAUGUCAGGUCCAGGCGACCAGGCAUCGUCCGGUAUGGGUCAGUUCACACCUACAGGAAACCCAGAACAGGACUGGGUCAACAUGCUGAUGGCAUCGCCUCUAUUCAAACAGAUUAAUGACUUGGCGGACAUGUUGGAUAAGACAGAGGGAGGUCUGGGAGGUAGUGACAAGGUGCUAGGUGGAGAUUAUAGUAGGCCAUACAUGGACGUUAAGGAUGCUCAGUGGGUGUGUAAAGGAGACCUCAAACCAGCAGACAUUAACCAGAUAUCACCAGCUCAGUUUGUCAUUUACCGAUUUGGUGUGUUCGUUACCAGACUCUUACACCAGACAAUUGGAACACCAGAAGUCAGUCUGCUACUGGCCACAAACUUACCUCCUAAUAAUUACAAACGUAAUGCAUUCAGGAACUCUGUGUUUUAUGAGCAUUCUCGGAAGAUUCUGUUCGUUAGGAGGGAGAGAAUGGACUCAAUCGGUGAAUUUGUAGUUGUGAUUUUACACUCUCUAGCUCACAUUAAAACAGGGGACUUAAGUGAUGAUAGUGAUACGGUGUUCCUCAGGGAGUUCUACAAGGCACUACGCGUUGUGUGUCAGGACAUGUUCUUCUCUCGAGCUCACAACAACCCGACACCACAGACCCGCCUCAGUCUGGAACAGGCCCUGGGAACUGUGAAGAAACAGGAAGACAAGAUGGCCAUCGUGGGUGACCUUGUUGACCUGAGGGUGGAUGGACCAACCAGGAUAGACUUCUCAGAGCAGAGUAUGUCUCAGAGACUGUACGGAUGUGAAUCUCUAGCCAGCAAUUCAAGACUACGACAAUUCCUCGCCUCUAAAGGUGGUUUCCUUGCCACCAGUGAUUUUGUCAGCAGCAGAAUGUCGGAGUUGAGGGGUGGUAAGAGUCCUCCAGUGACCCCUAGACGCAGUCCACGUAAACCAGUAGCAGUGCCCUCUAUGAGGUCCCCUCCCGAUGUCAGGGAUACCCAACUAAUGGAUCUGGAGGCCAAGAAUGACCAACUCAAUGCUGAUCUCGCACAGACUCUGAAGGCUGUAUCAGAACUUGAGGAAGGAAUCAGAAACAUGGAGCAAAGUUCUCCCAGUGAUCCUAGAUUGACGUCAGCCAGGGAACAACUCGAGACAGUGCUGACUCGUAAAAACGACCUACUCAGGAGAAUCUCAACAACGGAGACCGAGAUCACGAAAAAGGAAAGAGAACUCAAAACAAAAAAGCGAUAGUCAAGUGACUGAGUGAUGAAAAAGGAGAGACUACAUAUCAAAAUAUGGUGUAAGGAACUACAAACUUUGGAAAUUUAAAGUAUUGCAUUCGAAUUUUUACUGCUUUACAUAAAGAAAUUAAGUAUAUUCAUUGUUUUUUUUUUUAUUAUAUUAUUUUUUAAGACAUUGUUUGACAAUUUCAGAAUAAGAUGCUUUUGUUAUUAUUAAAAUCAUAAUUUAUUUAGUCAGGUCUGUGAUA